AUGACCGAGUUCGGCAUCUCGCCGAUCGGCUGGAACGCGCACUACGGCGGCGCGCGGAACCCGUGGGACGCGGACCGCUACGCCGGCGGCAGCUCGACGGGCAGCGCCGUCGCCGUCGCCGCGGGCCUGCUGCCCGUCGCCGUCGGGUUCGACGGCGGCGGGUCCGUGCGCGUGCCCGCCGCGCUCACGGGUUUGUACGGUCUCGCCGCCGGGUUCGCGCGCGUGCCGUUCCGCACGGAGGCGCCGUGCUCCAUGACGCACGCGGGGCCCUUCGCGACGACGGCGCGCGACGCGGAGCUCGCGCUCGUGUACGCUCUCAUCUCCGCGCCGGCGGCCGACGGCGAGGGCACGCACACGACGACGACGCUCUACCGGCCGCCGCCCCCGUCCGGCGCGGAGCCGCCGCGGCGCAUGCGCCUGGGCGUGCUCCGGGGCGCGAUCGACGACAGCGAGCCCGACGUCCGGGACGCCGUCGAGGCCGCCCUGGCGGCGCUCGCGGAGGACCACGAGCUCGUCGACGUCGCGAUCCCGCACCUGAUGACGCUGUCGCUCGCGCACUCGAUGACGCUCUCCUCCGAGAUGGCCUUCAUGCACGACGCGGAGUUCGCGGCCGACGGCGACCCGCCCCUCGAGGACUCGACGCGCGUCGCGCUCGCCAUGGGCCGGAGCAUGACGGCCGUCGAGAUCCACGCCGCGAACCGGCUGCGGAGCUGGGCGAUGGACCUCUUCGAACGGGAGCUCUUCGGCCGCCUGGGCCUCGACGCCGUCGUCUCGCCGACGACGCCGAUCGUCGCGCCGCCGCUCUCGGCCGCGGCCGCGGCCCGCGGCGAGUCGGACACGGCGCUGACCGUGAAGCUCAUCAAGUUCGUCUUCCUCGCGAGCGCGCGCGCGCACCUCCUCGGCCUACCGAGCCUCUCCGUGCCCGUCGAGUCGCCCGGGCUCCCCGUGGGCCUGCUGCUGACGGCGCCCUGGUGGCGCGAGUCCGCGCUCCUCGGCCUCGCCAAAUCAAUGCCGGAGGUCGACGCGCCGCGGCCGCGCGUCUUCGCGAGCGAGUUCGACGCGCUCCUCGCGCCGUGA